GUCGUGCUCAUUCGUUAUCGGGGACCGGCGGAUACGGUCGCGUGCAGUGCGGGGGGCGUGCUUUGGGUGUUUUAUUUUUCAUCCCAAACUGCGAUGAUCCGAGAGUUGAAUUAAGUUGCCGUCGCCGAAUACACCGCCUGCCAUGGACGCCUUUUGUGGAUCCACGUUCUGGGAUACGGAGCUGUCUUGGAACAGCGAAAGCCCAGACCUGACGCCAUGUUUCCAAGAGACGGCCAUGUUGUGGGCUCCCUGCGUGCUCCUGUGGGUGGCGAUGCCCUUCGAGCUGUCCAGUUACAAGAUGAGCAGGUUCAAGAUGCUGCCCUGGACGUUCCUCAACUUGCUCAAAGUGGUGCUGCUUUGUAUCCUUGUUCUUAUUUCGGCCGUCGAAGUCACGCAUGCAAUGCUUCUGUACGGAGAAGGCACCACGGUCUUUCCUGUCGACUACUACUCCCCACUUCUGCGUCUGGUCACAUUCAUUCUAGCACUGGUGCUGGUUAUCAUUGGUCGUAGACAGGGCAUCCACACCUCCGGAUCGCUCUUCUUGUUCUGGCUUCUCAUGUCCCUCACUGGAGGAGUUCGCUACCGCUCCCUCAUCAUGCAGGUUUUUGACGAGGAGCAAGACACCAUCUCCGAUCCACACAUUGGAUUCCGCUUCAUAACGGUCGUCCUCUACUUUCCCAUCUUUUUGGGACAGUUUUUUCUAAGCUGUUUUGCGGAUAAGCUGCCCCCUGAAGACGCCAAGGCAGCUAUGAAAAUCUGUCCCGAAGCGAAGGCGUCCUUCCUGUCGAGGAUACUCUUCUGGUGGUUCAACGGGAUGGCGAUCCUGGGCUUCAUCAGACCCCUGCAAAUGUACCACAUGUGGAACCUGGACAAGCCCAACAAGACGGAGUACAUUGUGGAAAACUUCGACUACCACUUCAACAAAGAAAAACAGAAGCGAGGAGCGGUUCCCAAAAAGAAGCCCGACGCCGACGGCCGUCGUCCUAUCGUGUCCAAGGUGGGCAUCAUGACUCCCCUGCUGCGCACCUUCUGGGCCGAGCUCACUCUGGUAGCCUUUGUCAAGUUCUUCGCCAGCGUCCUCACCUUCGUCAACCCCAUGAUACUCGACCUGCUGAUCGCUUUCGUGAACUCGAACGACCCGCUGUGGCAUGGCCUGCUGUUCGCCUUUACUAUGUUCUUUUCGUCGAUGGUCGAAUCGUUCCUGAACAGCCAGUACGAAUACCGUAUCUUCGUCGUCUCGAUGCGCAUGCGGUCGGCCAUGAUCAGCGCCAUCUACAGAAAGGCCCUGGCCCUGUCGAGCGUGGCGCGCGGCAAGUUCACGACGGGCGAAAUCGUGAACCUGAUGUCCGUGGACACGCAGCGCAUCAUGGACUACAUGCAGGUUUUCAACCUCCUCUGGGUCACUCCGCUCCAGAUCGGUAUUGCCAUCUUCCUGCUCUGGGGACAGCUGGGCGUGGCGACCAUGGGCGGCCUCGCGGUCAUGAUUCUCCUGCUCCCCAUCAACGGCGUCGUCACCGCCUACAUUCGGAAAUACCAGGUGCGACUGAUGAAGCAGAAAGACCGUCGUAUCAAGCUCAUGAAUGAGAUCCUCGGAGGCAUCAAGGUGCUCAAGCUGUACGCCUGGGAGAAGUCCUUCCAGGCUCGCGUCCAAGAAAUUCGAGACCAAGAGAUGAGCUCCCUCAAAGUGCAGGCCUACCUCAGCGCGGCCGUCAUCUUCGCCUUCACAUCGGCUCCUUUCCUGGUGGCCCUGGCAAGUUUCGCAGUCUACGUCCUCAUGGACCCGGCCAACAUUUUGGACGCCAACAAGGCAUUCGUGUCCCUCUCCCUCUUCAACAUCCUCAGGGUUCCCAUGGCCUUCCUUCCGAUGCUCAUCACCUUCACCGCUAUGUUCCUGGUUUCUCUCGGCCGAAUCAACAAAUACCUUCGUUCUGACGAGCUGGAUCCCAACGCCGUUGAGCAUAGCACCAAAGAAGAGGAUCCGCUGGUGAUAAAAGAUGCCAGCUUCGCCUGGUCCAAGGACAGCAACGCGGCGCUGGAGGAUCUCAACAUUCGCAUCCCCAAGGGCUCCCUGGCUGCGGUGGUUGGCGCGGUCGGCACCGGCAAGUCCUCCAUGCUCUCCGCGUUCCUCGGUGACAUGGUCAAGCUCAAGGGCACCGUGAAUAUCAACGGCUCCAUCGCCUACUGCCCACAGCAAGCGUGGAUCUUGAAUGCCAGCGUCAAGUCUAACAUCCUAUUUGGUCAGCCUUACGACAGCGAGCGCUACGAGCAAGUGAUUGAAGCCUGCGCUCUAAAACCUGACCUGGCGAUUCUGCCAGGCGGCGAUGACACGGAGGUGGGAGAGAAGGGCAUCAAUCUCAGCGGCGGCCAGAAGCAGCGAAUAAGCCUUGCGAGGGCGGUGUACAGCGGCUCCGAUAUCUACUUCUUCGACGAUCCUCUGAGUGCCGUCGACUCGCACGUUGGGAAGCACAUUUUCGACAAGGUCAUCGGUCCCAAGGGCCUCUUGCGAAAGAAGACGCGGAUCCUGGUGACGCACCGGCUCUCCGUGCUGCCCCAAGUGGACAGCGUGCUUGUGCUUAUUGGCGGCAAAAUCUCCGACGUGGGGACGUACGAGGAGCUUCUGGCGCGCGGCGGCGCCUUCUCCGACUUCCUCGUCCAGUUCCUGCGCGAAGGCGAAGAGACCGAGGGCGUUUCUGACGAAGACCUGCAGCUGCUCGGGGAGAUUGUUGCCCAAGCAGGUGCUCCCUCGGAACUUCUUAGGCAGUACUCUCGCCUGAGCACAAACGAGAGUGACUCGUGCACCUCGGACUCCGAACGUCGCGCCAGGCGACGUCGCACGUCCUCGGGUCGCAGUCUCGCCGAGCGCACGUCACAGGGCAAGGGCACGGUGGAGCAGGUCAAGCCUUUCUCGGCACCGGGGGCAAAGCUUACUGAGGAAGAAUCGGCGCAAGUCGGUUCGGUGAAGUGGUGGGUGUACAUCGCGUACAUCAAGGCCAUGGGCCUGUGGAUGACCGCUAUCACACUGGCUGCGUACAUCGUGUCCCACAUCUUCAACAUUAUGGGCAGCAUCUGGCUCAGCCUGUGGAGCAACGAUGCUCUCGACCCCGUGCUGGCCGUCGAUCCGGCACAACGGGACCUCAGACUCGGGAUGUACGGAGUCUACGGGACCGUGGAAACUAUCUUCGUCUUGGUCGCAAGCAUUUCACUCAACUUGGGCGCCCUGCGUGGAAGCAAAAUCCUACACGAAGGAAUGUUGCACAGGGUCCUGCGUGCCCCAAUGUCCUUCUUUGACACCACACCCAUGGGCAGGGUCCUCAACAGGUUCUCCAAGGACGUGGACACGGCGGACGUUACUUUGCGCUUCAACCUCCGGAUGCUGAUGAUGCAGUUCUUUCGGACGAUCGUGUCGCUCAUCUUGAUCUCCAUGGAGAACCCCAUCUUCCUGGCGGCCGUCGUUCCCCUCCUCAUCAUCUACUACUUCGUGCAGAAAUUCUACAUUGCCACGUCCCGUCAGCUCAAGCGACUUGAGUCCAUCUCUCGGUCCCCGAUCUAUGUUCACUUCUCCGAAACCGUGACCGGAAGCAGCUCCAUCCGGGCCUACGGUGCAGGAGACCGCUUCGUUGCCCGAUCUAAUGAAUUGACGGACUCCAAUAACACCAGCUACUAUCCCAGUCUCGCUGCCAGCAGGUGGCUAGCGAUCCGGUUGGAGUUCCUGGGCUACUCCAUUGUGUUCCUGGCCGCCCUUCUGGCUGUGAUGACCAGGGAAACCUUGUCGCCAGGCUUGGCUGGUUUGUCCGUCAGCUAUGCCCUCACGAUCACUUCGACGUUGAACAUGCUUGUCCGGGCAACUUCGGACACGGAAACUAACCUGGUGGCUGUGGAGCGUUGCAUUGAGUACACCAUGACUCCGCAAGAGGCUGCGUGGGACAAGUCCGAUUUCAAGCCGGACGAAAGCUGGCCCGUCGCCGGCCGCGUCGUCUUCGAGAAUUUUUCUACGAGAUACCGAGAGGACUUGGACCUGGUUCUCAAGGGCAUCACCUGCGAUCUCAGCCCCGGAGAGAAGGUUGGAGUGGUGGGCAGGACUGGCGCCGGAAAGUCGUCCCUGACCCUGUCUCUGUUCCGACUUAUCGAGGCCGCCGGCGGUUGCAUCUGCAUCGACGGCAUCGACAUCUCUGCCCUGGGACUGUAUGACCUCCGCUCUAAGCUUACCAUCAUCCCGCAGGACCCGGUGCUGUUCAGCGGCACUCUUCGCUCGAACCUGGACCCCUUCGACACCCUGUCGGAUGAGGAGAUCUGGAAGGCUCUAGAACACGCCCAUCUCAAGGACUUCGUCGCGAGCCUCGACAAGGGCCUAGUGCACAAUAUCACCGAGGGCGGAGACAACAUCAGCGUUGGCCAGAGGCAGCUGGUGUGUCUGGCAAGGGCGCUGCUCCGCAAGUCCCGCGUCCUCAUCCUGGACGAGGCCACGGCCGCCGUGGACAUGGAGACCGACGACCUCAUCCAGACCACCAUCAGGAACGAGUUUGGAGAUUGCACCAUCCUCACCAUCGCGCACAGGCUCAACACAGUCCUGGACUACGACCGCGUUAUGGUUCUCGACCGAGGCCACAUCGUCGAGUGCGCGUCUCCGAGGGAUCUACUCAAGGAUGAAACAUCCGUCUUCUACUCCUUGGCCAAAGAUGCGAACUUGGUGUAGCCUGGACACUCGCAUUGCACCCAUGUUUCUCUGCGGCUGCUGCAGCCGUUUUGUUACUCCAGAGGUUAUAUUGCUUAUUUUUGGUUGUUACUGUCUUAAAGCCUUCCGGAACGAAUAAAAGUGCCACACACUCCCAAUUUUAUAAUCCCCACUCUAAAAAAAAUAGACGUAUAUAUAAGGAAAGACUGGAAACAUUUUACUGUCGGCGUCUUGCUUUUGAGACAAAUAUAUUGUUUGCUAAAAUA